AUGUGGCACCUGAAGUUGUUACAUCGAGCAUACAGUACAGAGGCCGAUGUUUGGAGUAUAGGUGUGGUAGCGUAUAUCCUUCUGUGUGGGAGCCGCCCGUUUUGGGCUCGAACAGAGUCCGGCAUUUUUCGGGCUGUAGUGAAAGCCGAGCCCACUUACGAGGAACAACCCUGGCCCACACUUUCAUCUGAGGCUAAGGACUUUGUUAAGCGCCUCCUGAACAAGGACCCAAGGAAAAGGAUGACUGCACCUCAAGGCCUUAUAGAGCAAUUUGCACACCUCGAGCCGACCAAAAACGGAACAAUUAGCUUGGACAAUAUCAAAGCGGCCUUGAAGAAGAACGCUACCGAAGCCAUGAACGAGUCACGAAUUUAUGACUUCCUUGCUUCGCUUAGUGCCCUUCAAUACAGAAAAAUGGAUUUCGAAGAAUUCUGUGCGGCCGCAUCAAGUGUUUACCAGUUGGAAGCUCUCGAUAGAUGGGAGCAACAUGCUCGUUGUGCCUAUGAGCUUUUCGAUAAAGAAGGCAACCGAACUAUCAUGAUCGAGGAAUUAGCUUCGGAGCUUGGGCUUAGCCCUUCUGUUCCCGUUCAUGCGGUUCUCCAUGACUGGAUUAGACACACAGAUGGAAAGCUUAGUUUUCUCGGAUUUGUUAAGUUACUGCAUGGUGUUUCGACCCGGUCACUUGCCAAAGUACAUUGA